AACCAGUAUUGUCGUUUUCAACGAAAAUGGCGGCAAUAAACGUGCAUAGCACUAGUUGCACUACAGAUAAUCUUAGUAGACACGACAUGCUGAAAUGGAUCAACGAAAGCCUGCAGCUUAAGUACACCAAAAUUGAACAGCUAUGUUCGGGUGCUGCAUAGUGCCAGUUCAUGGAUAUGCUGUUCAUGGAUUGUGUUAAUAUGGCAAAAGUGAAGUUUGCAUCAAAUCAAGAACACGAAUUCAUAAAUAACUGGAAGAUAUUGCAAAAGGCGUUUAAGAAUGCAGGAGUUGAGAAGACAAUCCCAGUUGAAAAGUUAGUCAAAGGGAAAUUUCAGGACAAUUUUGAGUUUGUUCAGUGGUUCAAGAGGUUUUUUGAUGCAAACUAUAUCGGGCCUGAUCCUGAGUAUGAUCCUGUAGAAGCACGACAUGGAAAAACAGACACUCCACAGAUUGCCCAGCCGCGAAAAGGAUCAGGACAGCUUAGCAGACCUGUGCAACCCCCAGCCAAAAAUCCAGUGCUCUCAAAAGGAACUUUCAGUAAACCUUCAGCAGGUGGUCCAGCCAGAAAUGGUGGAGCCUCUAAAGGUGGUGCAUCAGGACUUGGACGUCCAGCCGCACAAAGUUCGCGCGCUGCAGGAGGAGCAGCAGCACAGGGACCCCGCACUGGUGGAGCAGCUGGGGGGUCAUCUGCUGCAAUUGCACAAAAAGAUGCUCAAAUACAGGAACUUAAUAACGAGCUCACUGCACUGCAACUGACAGUGGAAGGAUUAGAAAAAGAAAGAGAUUUCUACUUUGGCAAGUUAAGAGAUAUUGAAGUCAAAUGCCAGGAAGAAGAUACAGGUUCUACUGUUGUCCAGAAGGUCUUGGAAAUUCUUUAUGCAACUGAGGAGGGUUUUGCUGCACCAGAGGAAGCUGGUAACAGUGAAGAAUAUGAAUAUAAUGAUGAACAAGAUGAGUACUAGACAUUAGAGUCAUAAGAAGGAUCAGUUGUUGUCAACAGACUUUUGCCAUCAACCAUUUUUUUAAAAAAUUAAAAACUGUUUCUUGUGAUAACAUGCUAGAAGAUAAAGGGAACUUCUUCUGUUAUCUGAACUGAGAGUAUUGAUCUCAAGUUUGCAUCAUUUGUAUUAUAAUAAUUAUCAGAGAUUUUUCCUUGUAAACUGAAGGCCAGCUUAAAUGUAGGUAUGUUGAAAUCCAGUUUCUGUGAUAGAGAUAAUGAAGGUUUUCACUUCUUUUGGUGCAUGAAAAGAACUUGUUGAAUAAAUGAAGCUGCUGCUUUGAGCUCUAAAAUAUUUUUUAAGUUUUAGUUCAUGCCAAAGACAUCAGGCAAUUCCCAAGCUACCAUUAUUGACUUCUCUCUACUUAACCCUUUCACUCUUAGGUGAGACCAAAAAUGAAUUUCUCCUUACAAUAUUCUUACAUUUCCAAGCAGAAAAAGUGACAAGAAAUUAAAAAAAAAAAAAAUAAACAAGGGGACAGUGUAUGAUUUAACAAGAUCUCUGAACUAAACUCAUCAGAAUUGUCAGAGUGCAGAGGAUGAUAUUAAGAACCUGGGAGUGAAAGGAAUUAAGGAAUUGAGGACAAAACAAAAAUAAAAAUGUUAGGCAAAUAGGUCAUGAAGAUGUUGAAGUGGUUAGGAACUUUAACUAAAACAAACUUGGAAUUAAAGAAUGCGCUACAAAUACUUCUCA